GCGCUGAGCACCUGCAGGUCCUCCGUGCCCACCUGGAUGGCGGCUUCGAAGAAGGAUACGCCGGCUCUGUAGUCGCCCAACUUGCAGAGGCGCUCGCCCUCCAGCGCCAGCUCAAGGCAGGACACCUCCAUCCUACAGUGGGCACCAGCUGACGUUACUAGGCAACCAGACGCCUGGACAGCUGACAGUUCAGGACCAGAUGGACACCACUCACAUGUGCAAUAUUAAUGAUGGCACAGAAACAAAACCUGUCCACGAAAGUAUAUGCCAAGACAGGAACCGGGAGACGCUUUGGACUUAUUUUCUUUCGGCAAUACACCAAGAGGUGACGUCUUGUUUCAGAGAAAGGUCUGAUCGUUGGUCAUGGAGGGCGAGCAAGAAGACUCAGAUGAGGACGUUCAGGAAGAACGUAAAACAACUUUAUUAUGGGAAAAGUGCAUCCGGCAGAGAAUCGUGGUGGAUCUCUGUGAUGAUGACAGUCUGCACGUCAGUGAUCUACAGGCUUCUUUGGCUUUGCAUCCAUCGCACGCAGAGUCUGCCAUGUCUGAGGCCAGCAUUCAUUUCAGUGAUGACACUGCCUCAGACUCCAUUCUUGUCAGCGAGGGGGUGUUACCAACUAAGAGCCGCAUAUCGCAGAAUAAAGAGCUCCUAAACCGGCGACAUGAGGACGCCGGUCAAAAUACGAGCGAUGAGGAUCAGGAGGAUCUCCCUGAUGACGGCGACCUUGGCGGUCCUUACUUCAAGGGCAUGCACGACUAUCAGACGUCCAUGACCUCUAACGGAAGACAAUCGGCGACAAAUGCCGGUUCUACACACAACGAUUUGGUUUCGGUUGUUCCUCAUGAGGAGAAAGAAGAAGAGGAAGUCGAUGACAAACGGGAUGAAGAGGUAGCCCCGCCGUGCACUCGACCUCUAGUUGACAUUAGCCAGGUGUUGCUGCGGCAUUUCUCUCAAGAGGAGUUGCUGCAGACUGGAAGGCUAAUUGAAGCCGAAACGCUUCCGGAGGUCUCCAUGCUGGAGAGUAUAGACGACCUUAUCUGUAGCGUGUCGACACACAGCAACAGAAGUGGCAGAUGUUUGGACAGUGAUGGAAACAGUGGAUCAAAAAGUGAACGUCUGGAGGGGAACAACACGGCGUCCAGUCGAGAUGAAAAUGUCGCAGCACCAGUAAAGGGCGAAGAUUGUGGAGUUCAGAUCAGGAAAGUGUCACAUUUGCGUAGCAGGUCCUACGGCGAGUUGAAGUACGGUCAGGGUCAAGUCCAUUUCCCUCUCCCUGACUUCUCCAAGGUUUCCCCGAAAGUCAAAAUUCCAAAAGGCCCCAGCGGUCUAGCUCGACUUGUUCCUCAGGUCCCCAGUCCCAUAAUCCGAGUCCAGUCCUCCCCGGGAAUGUUAGAGGUGAUCAGCAGGGUGCUGGACGAUUCAGGCCUUCAGUCGUCACAGAAGCCUCAAGUCCUCAAAGACACGCAGGACCCGACCCGUCCUGUCCUGGUGCUUCCCCUAGAGGCUGAAUAUGAUAAGCUGCUGGCCAAAUAUGCCACGGCUGAGAACGUCAUAGAUAAAAUGAAGGUGGGAACCAAUUCUACCGCUGACAUUUAUAUUGAGGACGUCCCAGGAAACUCCAGUGAGGCCGAGCAUGAUGUUGGACCUGAAGCUGCUCACAUUCAAUCACCGGACAACGUUGGUGAAAAAGUAAAAACGGGCCGCCAGGAUGAUAUGACACUCAAUGCUUCCGAUCAAGAUGGCAGGAGUGAAGCUGACAAAAUGGCCGCCGAGCUGAGAGCGCUCAUUACCCAGUUCAUGCAAACGGUGGAUGACUUCAAACGGAAUGUAAGCGACACGUCGGUUAGCACAGAAGAGCGUCAAACGAUGUUGAGGAGCUUGCUGGAAGCGCAGGACCAACUGGAAAGAAAAUACAUGAGCAAGAAAGAAGAGCACCGAGCUCUGGAAAUGCAGAAUUAUUUAGGCCUGCGCAGAAACAUCGGAACGUUCGACCCGAACAGAUUGGUGGAAGGGGAUAUUUUUCGGGUGGGUAUGCACCUGGAGGAUAUUAAGGAGAUGAUGGACAAAAACAUGCACCAGCACGUCGUCCCGCCUCUCUUGUCGUCAACUCCCACAACAAAGCACCGAUCAGCGAAGGUCUCGCUUCCACCAUCACUGCAUGAGGUAACACACUUUAGGUUGACUGCGUCUGCGGAGGGACCUCUGGAUGCUGAUGAUGAGCAACUCGGCGGUGAAGAGAAAGAAUCUGCCUCGCUGGAGGGAAGAGCUCGUAGCACUGACCCUUGGAUUAUCGGGAAAUGGAAAUCGGGAAGAGUGCCCAGUGAUGGACAUGGACUCUCCUCCUUUCAUCCGCUGACGACUGUUCGCCCGAAGGACGUAAGCGGCCAACGACACGAGUCGCCGAUGCAAGCGCAGCCUGAAGGUCCAGCAGAACAACGGCUGCGGAAUAUCCUUAAAAAGCCGUCGCUGGAGCUGCAGGGUCCCGAUGCAACCAAUCGCGACGCCUCUGAAACGAACCCGAGCCCUUUGCUGGUUGUAGAGCAGAGACAACGCCGCCUUUGCACCUGUAAUAGUGAGGCUAUCCUGGCCUUGCGGGUGGAGGUGUCCAGACUGAAGAAAGACCUAGAAAAAGGUCUGGUCCGCUUGCCUCAGCUGGCGAGGAAGAUGGAUUACCUGGCCUCCAAAUACAGGCAAGAUGGUCAAGAACGUAGAUCCAAAACCAAAAGCAGAGCCUACCGCAAAACAACCAGCUCGUGGAAGUCGACAAGCAGCAGACAAAGUCUGAGGGAUUUCAGCUGCAGUCAACUAGCGCCGGACGACUGGAUUUCAACAGAUGCGGACCCCGGCAGGAGCAACGAGGCCAUCAUGGAUGACCUUUACUGCAAAGACAGACGGCUUCUUCUCGCACUUCAGCCUACCCAAAGGCUGCCGCUCCAACUCGGCCACGCCUCCUCGUGCAGUCUACCCGCCAGUUACAAGGUAAAGCAACCGCCAACCUGCGUGACCAAUUACCGGAAGCGGUCCACCCGGUCGGACACGGCUCUGCUCCCCGGCGAAGUGUACUUUCAGCCCGCUCUGCGCCACGUCUUCCAAACGCCCCGAAGCGGGUCAGGAAGCAAGGCGGAGGAAAUGAACAGGACUCUGGACCGAGCCAUUGAGGCCGCUCGCAGCAUGAAGAAGACCGCGGACCGCAUGGCUAAGAGACUGACGGCAGACCUGGCCAAAGCUCAACUCCUCCCCAAAGGGGAAUGUGCAGCGUUCGGCGGCGAGGGUGCAAGAAACAUUGCGUGGCUUCACGCAAAAAGAGCGUAGCAUCACAACAGACCGUUUUCUUGACCCCUGUACGCCAUAUGGACGAAAGCAUUUGGCCUGACGCUUCGGAGCUCUACGGCGUG